AUGGCUUACAACAACGUGUAUCUCAGAAGAGGAGGAGAGCAGGAUUCUGCUUGCCGAAAUUAAGGCUUCCAGCAGGAAGCUGACAACAGGUGCCUCUAAGUUAACAAGGUUCCAUAGCAAGUUAACAAAUUGACACAAAUCAUCCAGGACAUAUCUCAGGACCUGACUAAGGACCACUGUUAUCAGAAGAUGAGACAUAAUGAAGAGGUGUUCUUCCAGUCUUACCGGACAAGAUGUGAGGACAUCAUGAGGCUCUGUAAUGCGUGCAAUGCUGUCAAUGCCCUUCUCCUUGCAGCCACCACUAAAUUAACAUAG